AUGGCGACUGCUUCGGUGAGGGAAUUUGGUAAGGCCUGGUGGUCGGAGAUACAUAACAGAAUAAUUGGUGCUGUGGUGUUUAUUGAUGAUGCCACUGCAGAGUGCUUGCAUUACGAGGGUGGCGUAGACACCUUACUGUCUGCGGGAGCAGUUGCUGUAAAGGGAUUAUCUCCAUUCGAGUGCGCCAAUAAAGACCAGAAGAAGGCAUUGUUUUUAACACAAACUACCAAAGUACAGUUGCAAACAAUUGCUGAGAUUGUCCGCCACAGUGACUUUACACACUGCAUUCUGAUAUCAUGCAUGAGUUUGGAUAUGGUGUUUCUGGAAAUCCAUGAUGACAAGGAUAUCAAUACCGUAUUGGCUAUGGGAGAGCCAAUCUUAGAAGGCAUGAAGUAUCUUGAAAUGAAACUUAUUCAGUGGAUGGCAAAGAAGCAAAGUUAUGUAGAAGUGAUACACAUACCAAUUUUCACCAUCUCCCUAACUAAUGUUGUGUUUGUCACACCCCCCUUCCGUGACUUACAAACAUUUUUCCUUGGCGAGUUAAAAUCUGAUAAUGCAACGGUUGAUAUCAACAAUUUGUCCAAACAAGAAAGGAAUGAAGCAAGGAGGUUUGCAGCUAGCCUGAAUAACAUGUUGGAUUCAAUGAAUUUAAAAGAGGAUGUUUAUUACAUUGGUGCAUAUUCUGCUAUCAUUGGAGGAAUUCUGGAGCAUUACCCUCUGUCUAUACAACGGCGGAAGAACUGCCUACACCCUGCGUCGUUGAUACUUGUAGAUCGCACAAUGGAUUUGUGUAGUGUAACGAGCCAUGGUACUGAGUCAGUUCUGGACAAGAUCAUGGCAGCGCUGCCCAGGUUUCCAGGACAUUGCACUGACGUCGCUGUGGAUAUGUCACCUCUUUGUGAGGCGAAUGUGUUUGACCACCCACAUGACAUUCAACUCAGCCCGGGUUGUAUCUACCAUUCAGAUGACGAAUCAUGCAUACAAACAUUUGAAUACAUGAUCAAUAAGUCUCAGAAAGAAGUCAUGUUCGAUCUCUACAACAAAUUGACUAAGAUCGACAUUCAAAAGUCACCAAGCCCCAAGUCCCUGUUGAAAGUCACUCCUCAAAGUAUUGAGAAGAUUGUGACUGCGACUAAAGGAAAUUACGAGGUGAUUAGCAAGCAUCUAGGCGUCUUGCAGCAGUCCUUGGCGGUAGUACAGACACUGAAGUCACCUAAACGAGUGCAGCAUGAGCUGCUGAUGAGUUUGGAGAAGCAGGUGCACCAGAACCUUGCCACUAGUCGGGAGUCUACCAGCGUCCUUACUCAGAUUUGUCAUCUAAUAAAAAAUCGUAAAGAAAAGGACCUUCCUUUAGAGAACCUGUUAGCUCUACUGAUGCACAUAUAUGCAGUGAGGGACAUAGAGGUCCAAUUCCCCGCAGAUCAUGAACAGCAGCUCAUUAAGACGCUGAGUGUCGCCUUGUUUGAAGACAAGAAUAGUUUGUACAAAGACACUUCUGUCAUCAUGUCUCCUGAGGACUGUGAAGCUAGGGCCAGUUGCAUACUGAUGCAGUUAAGGAAAAUUACUUCAAUGAGAAGUGUUUUUCACAAAUAUAACUCCAUAUUGAAACCAUGUGAGACGGGUGUGGGACACGAGUACCGUAGCGCUGUGCAGCAGUUAGUGGAAGACAUGGUGAACACAGACAAACCUGACCUGGUUGAUCUAGACCAGUAUAGGAGUGAUAAAUUAAAGACAUUGCUUCGCAGUGGGCUUGGAAUGUUAACAAAUAGAAAAGUAAAGACAAGACAUCCUCUGGAUAAUCCUACUAUAAUCAUUUUUGUGAUCGGCGGGAUUACGGCCGAGGAAUGUAAGCGUUUGCAUCGAAGUGUGAUUACUAGUGGUGUUGAUAAUACUGUUCUGAUUGGGGCUACGAAGCUGGUCACUCCGGUCGAAGCAAUGAGGGAUAUACUACCGUUAUAG